AUGGCGAAACGCAAGGCACCUGAAGAACUCUCCACUAAUGUGAAUACUAUCAAAGCUCGCAACCGCGUCUCCAACCUUACUGAAGAUGAGAAGGCUGUUCACUUAGCACUCAAGGCUGACUAUGCUGAUCUGAGCUACUACUUAAAGAAGUUAUAUAAGUCUGCAAAGUAUAUCGCUGCCUCUACUGAAGACAAGACACGUCUACAGAAUGAAUUGAAGGUUGAGCGUAUUCGUGUUCAGACUGAGAAGGGUACUCAUGCAUCUUGCAUUGUGAAUCAGAAAGUCAAGAAUAUUAGCGCCUCUUCUUCUUCUCCACGAGCACCACCAUCUACUCCGCCACAACUUCUGUCUGAGCUUGCUGCAUUUGAGGGUAUCUCAAGUAUCCCAAUCGAUGACGAUCAUAACAGCGAAUGGGAGGAUACUGAGGUUGAAGACGAUUUGGAGUUGGAGCUUAUGUUACGGCGCGACGAUAUUUUAAAUCACGAGGCUGCCCAUGAAGAGUCCAAUUUCCACAAGUGGCAACAUUUUUGGGAUAGAUGUAUUCGCUCAUAUACGAGAAAGGCUGGAAAGUUGAGAAAGAAGCCUGAGCGUCUCUUUGAGUAUAUGCCGUGGAUUGAUGUAGAGGAAGGCACUUUUCACGAGGUUAUCCCACCACAUAAAUAUUUCUGUUUGUACGAGCAGGCAGUUUGGACAAACUUUACAGCUUGGAAGUUUGGAAAGUGGGCCCAAUUACCAGGACCUGCGCAGUGGUACCCAAAGUCUUACAAUCUUGUCGACAAUGGAUGGUUGCAAGUCUCCACUCAUAGUUCUAGCUUCAAAGAGGCAUUCUUACUUGUCUACUCUAAGAAGUUUGAUAAGGAAAAGUGGGCUAAGGUAUCAACUGCGCAGGAUAUGUUGUUCCUGGAGCUAGAGUAG